AUUUAGCACUUACUUUGACAAUAAAUCGAAAUACGGUUUUGACUGAAAAAUACAUUAUUUUGUACUUGUUCUAAAAAUACGAAGCUCGAUUAGGUGUUUAAAGUAGUUUUCAGCUUGUAGCAAUACCUGAAUUGAUCACCUUUUAUAGUAUUCAAAACGAAAGGAAAUAGGUGGCGCAGAAAACAAAGUGAGACGCCAUUUACGAAAGUCGUAAGUAAACCUACAUGAUACGGUAUAACUUUUAACUUAAGGCUUAAGUUAAGCGUGGUUAUAAUUUGUCACAAUUUUUAGUGGGUGUUAUUUAACAUAAAAGAUGAGUAAACGUAAGAACAGAGUUGUUAUUGACUCCAGCAGUGAAGACAGCGACAGUGGAGAAAACUUGGAUGAAGAACUGUUGUCUCUUGCGAAAAGAAAGCGUAUAGAUACUGGAAGCGAUCGUGAAGAGACAGAUGCAGCAAAAGUGGAAAAUGUUGAAAAAACUUCUACCAAGGAAAACACUAAACAUUUCAGUGAAUCAGAUUCAGAAACAUCAGAGAGUGAUGAUGAAUGGACUGUUAGUGGAAAAGGGAGUAAUAAUAAGACUAAGAAAAAAUCUCAGUCAAAAUCAAUACCAAAAACAAAUGCAAACCGAGAAAAUACAACUACAAGUGAAAAAGAUGCUAGUUCUGAACCAGAGGAAGGGGAAGUUUCUGAUUCAGAAAGCGAAAAUUCUGAUGGCUCAGAAAGUGCAGUUUCUUCUCUUAAUGAGGAAGAAUUUAAUGAUGGUUAUGAUGAGAAUUUGAUGGGAGACGAGGAAGACCAAGCACGUUUAGCUCAAAUGACAGAAAAAGAAAGGGAACAAGAGUUAUUUAACAGAAUUGAAAAGCGAGAAGUUUUAAGAACCAGAUUUGAGAUUGAAAAAAAGCUGAGAAUGGCAAAGAAAAAAGAACAGAAAAGAAAGAAGGAGAAAAGUGAUGUAAAGCUUAAGAUUGAUGCAAGUUCUCGAAGUAAGGAAAGAAGGAGAAAAGUAGAAGAAAACAAAGAUAAAUUGGAUAAAAAAGCACAAGCUAUAAAAGAUCUUAAAGCUGAGAGAGAAAAGAAGAAAAAACAAGCUGAAAUUCUUAACCAAAAAGAAUUAGAACCAGAUCAACAAAAAGAGGAUGAAGAUGAUGAUGAAGAACAAGAAGAAGAGACUCAGCAAGCAGUUAAGUCAAAACUGAAAGCUAGUGAUGUCUAUUCAGAUGAUGAUGAAGAUGAAGGUAGUCCAUCUGACCAAGAUGAAGACAGUGGAGGGUCAUAUCGUUCACGCAGUGAGGAUGAAGAAGAAGAUGCUAAAAAGCCUCAUUAUAUUUCAACAAGAGAAGAACUGAGCAAAAUUCGACUUUCCAGGCAUAAACUUGAAAGAUGGGUACAUGCACCUUUCUUUGGAAAAACAGUAAUAGGCUGCUUUGUCCGUAUAGGCAUUGGGACACAUAAUGGAAGACCUGUAUACAGAGUAGCUGAAAUCACUGAUGUUGUGGAAACAGGGAAAGUGUAUCAGUUAGGGAAUUCUCGUACAAAUAAAGGGUUGAAGCUACGGCAUGGAAGUCAAGAACGAGUUUUUCGCCUUGAAUUUGUCUCUAAUCAAGACUUCACAGACACUGAAUAUUUUAAGUGGCAUGAAGCUCUUGCAUUGGAUAGUACUCCUCUGCCAACAUUGGAGCAUGUAAGUCAAAAACUGAAAGAUAUUGAGAAAGCUCUAAAUUAUGAAUACAGAGAAGAUGAUAUAGAGUCUAUUGUUAAGGAAAAACAGAGGUUCAAAAAGAACCCCCAUAACUAUGCUAUGAAGAAAACACAUUUAUUGAAACUGAAAGAAAUGGCAGAACAAAAUGGGGAUGAAGAGGAAGCACAGAAACUAAUUGGUGAGCUUGAACAGCUUGAAGAAAGAGCCAUUGAACUUGAUAAAAUGAGGACCAGUACAAUUAGUGCAAUAAGCUAUAUCAAUGAGCGUAACAGACAGAGAAACAUUAUGGAAGCUGAAAAGGCUAUAAUUGAAGAAUCAAGACAACCAAGGGAAAUUUCAGAUGACCCAUUCACCCGGAGAAAGUGUGCUCCUACUUUAGUAACAAAAACUCGUGAAUCUGUUAUAAAUGCUGAAAUUCUGAGAAAAAUAGAACAACAAAGAGUGCAGUUAAAGGAGAAAGAAGAGGAAGAGAAAAGAGAACUUAGAAAGGCUGAAGAAGAAGAAAAUUUUGAUAUUAAAAAAAAUGAUACUCAAGAUCAAGUUAAAUCACGUACAGAAGAAGAUCUUUUUUCAGCCCAUGAUUUUGACAUUAAAAUUGAUCUGGAUGUUCCACUGUCAUCAAGUGCAUCUUCAGGAGCUUCAAGAGCGUCAUCUGCUAACAAAGAGCAUACACCAAGACGGUCCUUAAAUCUGGAGGAGUACAAGAAACUUCGUGGAUUAAUUUAGAGUUCAAGUGGUUGGUGGACUGUAGUAUUUUUAUAGCUUCAUGACUUGUGUAAAAAGAAACCACUAAUAUUUUGUUAUUUUUUGUGUUUACAUCAUAACUAAUGUUCCUGCAUAUUCAGGCUGUGUACAUAUUGUGUAUGUUUAUUGUUUAGGAAAGUUUCUUUGAAAGUUAAUGCCACACCUUUGUGAUGUACAGUUUACACUUUCAAUUGCCUCUUCCUUAAUGCUGUUUUACUUGUUUGAGUCAUGUACGUUAAACAAGGUGAGCUGUUCAUAAUCAAUACAAUACUGAAUGGUUUUUUUAAGUAAGUAGAGGGGGAAGAAAUUUUUUUUAUGAUAAAUUUUUUUGAACAAAAAUAUUUAAGGUACAUUAAAAAAUACUUACAAAACGGCAUGUUAUAAAUAAUUGGUAUAGUGUAUUCACAAUCAGUAGAGUGCUCUCUACAAUUUAAUGCAAGGUUUAAGAUAUAAAAAAAAUCAGUUUUGUGCAUACAUUAUAUUCUGAAGUAACCUUAGAAUAUGUUUCCUAAUUUUUUCUCAAGUUAACAUCAUUGAAAAUAGAUUUAAUAAAUGUAUUUUAAAUAAAGGUAGCAAACGGUGAAAAACUUCUGUGACUUUGUCCAGACUUAUGAUGUAUCUUUUUAGAGAAAGAUAUCUAUUUGCUAAUAGUAGGAGUAGAAAUCUGAUAUUUUUUUUCUGUUUUUAAAUGCAGCUAAAAAAUAAAUAUCCCCAAAUGUUAGAGAUGCUAAGUUGUAACAUCUUGUCAUUUGUUUUUCUUAUAGUAGUUUUGUCAUUCAAUUCUGCAUGCCCCAUUGUUUCUUUCAAUAGAAUAUUACUUUCUAUGUGCUUUGUUCUGUAUACUAAAAACAGUAUGACUAAAAGACACAACUUUCAGAUUUGGAAAAGACGAACUAGCCUUCAGUUAUGUCAGUUUUAUUUUACUAACCUGUGGAAUGAGUGCGGUCAGUAGUAGUAGAGUACAGCACCUCAGGAGAGUUUAAAGAGAGGAAUUGAUUGCUUCCUUAAAGUAAAUGGUGGGUUGAAAACUUUGCUUUCUCAAUGGUGAAUAUGCAAGGACAACCUUAAGGACUAUGUGGUUCAUGUCUGCAUAUUAUGCUACAUUUGUUUACGUACAUGCAUAAUGCAUAAACUAUGUUGAGAAAAAAGGUAGUGUGACAUUCUACAUGUAAAGAAAAAUAUUUAAUUUUUCACAUUUAGCUGUUAUUGUUAUUUUUCAUAAGUAAUUUCUUUCUCCUCAUGAUGUUAUUACUUUAUAAUAUUCUGAUUAAACCUUUUUAAUUUUAAACAUACAUGAUCAGUUCAUGUUUGAAAAGGUUAACACAUGCUAGCCAAUUUCUGGGCUAUAGUAAGGCAACUGGUUUCAGUUAUAAGUGUUUUGUUAAUGUACAGUAAGCAAAAUGUUGCUUUGAUAAAUAAAAUGACUUUAGGAAUAUAGCCCAGAAACUUCCAAAGUUAAGAAAUAACCAGAAAAGCCCAGUUACCUUACCAGUCAUCCUUGUAAAAUACAAUUCAUACAUCUGUAUUAUUCAACGGAAACAUAAUGUUUGUAACAUUUCUGUGAAGUAAAAGUAUUUGUGAUUAAAAGUACAUAGUGAAGUAAGACUGUAUAGUUGUUUGAUUACUAGAAUACAUCUCAUAGACAGUUUAAGUGGGACAUCAUAUAUAUAAAAAGUGACUAUUUCUGUGCAUAUUUAGUAAUUAUUUUUUAUUAGAAGGGUAAUUAUUUCCAUAUAUAAAUCUAUUGUAGAGUCAGUGUUUUAUUGAAAAUGUUUAGAUAUUUGUAAUCUGUUGUAGCAGUUAUACAUGUAUUACUCUUAAUACAUGUUGAUGGUCUGGGAAUGUUAACAUCUUCAUGGAAAAUUAUGGACUAUGAUUUUUAGGAAAGUUAUUAAUAAGCAUUUAUUUUGAAAAUUGGUACAGAUUAUUUACGAGCUAAGCAAAUAAGGCCUUUGGCUCUAUCAAAGUAUCCUACUGUUACUUAAAAUCUAACCUGUUCAUAUAAAUGAAACCUCUUCUGAUCAUAAAUCCAAGGAAUAAAAAAAAAACUGAUUCAUUGUGUUACUGUACCAGUCAGGGUCUAAACUACAGUAGGUGACUUAUGAUGUUGGUUAUGCCCAAAUUCACAGUUACUUAUUCAGUUAUUAUCAGUUUGUUUGUCAUUAUGUUCAGAGAAUUUUUUUCACCAGAAACACUUUUUGAUUCUUUACCAAACAUUGUCUUGUAAAAAUAUAGAUAUGUAUACAUGUUACUUAACAAAACAGUUAAAUGAAUGGAAACCUCCUCCACAAGGUAUUGUGUGACAUUAAAAUGAAAAAUUGCUCUUUGAACAUAGCUUUGGAGAUCAGUGGCAUGUUUUGAUUAGGCAAUGGAAUUAAUGCUAUGUUUAAUGUCACCCAUUCAAGGUUUCAUCACAUUUCACCAUGAUCUGUACAAAGUGAUGAAAUCUAUACUCAUUGUUAAAAAAACAUUAACAAUGCCCAUUUUAGACUGUUUGCAGUAUUUUCUAAGCUAGAAAAUGCAAAGUUUCCAGGGGAUAUCACUCUCCUAAAUACCCCUUGAUAAUGUCACUAACACUCAAAGUAAAAGUCCUAGAUCAGGCUGUACUAAUAUUGUGUGAACCACUGCACAGAUUACUUGACAAGUUCCUGAGAGUUAAGCAUAUUUAACCCUAAGUGCAUGAGUGCAAUGAGAGGAUCAAAAUGCGCAUGUUACAACCUUUUACAGAGUACUAUUCAACAUAUUAUGUAUUUGAUGUCAGUUUUAUCAUUUUAACCAAUGUUGUUAAUUUUGCAACAGUUCAUAGUAGAGGUAAGUAAAAACCAGAUACGGUAUACAGGUGUACUGGGAAAACUGUGGUUGUGCAUUUCAUAGGUUCUAGAGGUUAUGCUAAUGCAUGGACAAAAGUAUUUUUAUUCUUCACUUGAACACUACCUUGCACUCUGACUUGUCUGAGUCAGACUCAUACCAUCAAUUCAGAGACAUAUCCUGAGUACAAAUACUUUUUUAACACAUCUCAUUUUUUGUUUACAUUCAGACUUGUACAUUUUACUAAGGGCUUGUCUAGUUUCCGGUAGGUACACAUAAAUUCAGAAUUAUAGUUAAAAUUCCUUCACCAGUACUGUGCAGAUUCAGUUACUGUAGUAAUUAACAAAUUCUUUCACUAGACAUCUAUAACUAGUGUGGCCAGUAGCAUAGAAGUAUUUAUGAAAGGUUCACAUUAAUAACCUUUAUAGGACAGUUAUUGAUUAUCGUAUAAAUGUUUCUGUACUAUUGCAAAGUGUUUUUAGUUACAGUUUCCAAUUGGUAUUGACUGUAUUUAAGCUAGUCAACAACAAUUAUAGUAGAAUCUCAUUUAUCCACUCGAAAUUCAUUUGUAAUUGAAUAUAUAUCCUCCCCUCUGCAGUUUUAUAACUGUUGUAUUGGCAAUAUAGGCAUAAUGCAUGCCUGUCUACCACACACACAUAUAAAUAGAAUGAAAGACAAGUGCUACAUUUUAACAGUAUAUUUACAGAAAUAGUGAGCCCAAAACAAAAAUGGCAGGUACUUCUAUUUUGGAAAAGAAAUUGAUUAUCGCCAAAAGGCUUAAAAGAAACAUCAACAAUGAUAUAUAAAAAACUUGCUCUGGAUUUCAGAAAUGGGAAGGCAACCAUUAGAAAUAUCAGGAACAAUGAAGGGAAGCUGAAAGAUUUGUAUUGGCGAACCUUACGGCAACUCGGCUGAGUAAACAGAAAGCAGGAAAUAAUAAUGUACUACAACAUCAAAAGAUGAUGUGUUAGAUACUGCAGUUGAGAAGUGAUUUUUGUAAACAAAAAAUAUAAUGUUUUUAUAGAUUUCACAUGAAUGCAGACUCUUGUCCUCUGAAGAAUGUGGAUAGACAGAAAUCCACUGUAAUAAGAGCUACAUAUACCUUCACAUCCAAGCCUAGAAUUGGUUUCAUGUUCACAUAGUCUUAUUUAUAGAUAUGGCGGUUGAAUGUUUUGUUCCGGAUCAUUUUUGUCACUCGUUUGAAAAACUAUACUUACUGAAUUUUCUUCUCAACGAACUCUCAUAUCAAUCGAUAUGCUGUAAUUAAUUGUUCUUUCUCAAAUUAAAGAGUUGUUUUUAUACAGUAA